AUGGCUGUCAAGAACGUUAACGUGUUUGUCAGCACUUUCGCUGGUCUGGGCCUUCCAUCAACAUUGGUCCUCCCCGUACCAUCAUCAACUUCUCUAUCGGAGCUUCGACAACAACUCGAUGAGAGGCUGCCUUCUACGGAAAGUCGACUCAUUCUGACAACCGUGUCGAACAAGGAGCUGUCUGCUUCUUCCUCACGACCAGUGUCGGACUUGCUUUCCUCCAUCAAAGAUGACUUUGUUUCACUGCGACUUUCGGUACCGCUUUGCGGUGGCAAGGGUGGUUUCGGAUCCCAGUUGAGGGCUGCUGGAGGUCGCAUGUCCUCCAAAAAGAAGCGCAACCAGGGCGAUGCCAACAACUCGAGCAGAAACCUUGACGGCAGACGCCUACGUACAGUAACCGAGGCCAAGGCUCUGGCCGAGUAUCUCGCUAUAAAGCCGGAAAUGGAGAAGAAGGAGAAAGAGAGGCGACGUGAGAGGUGGGAGCAGAUUGUUGAACUGGCAGAGAAACGCGAAGAUGAGAUCAAGAAUGGUGGCAAGGGCCGUCUUGAUGGAAAGUGGGUUGAGGACAAGGAAGAGUCAAACGAGAGAACCCGUGAUGCCGUCCUCGCUGCGAUGAAGGCUGGCAACUACAGAGACAACUUCUUGGGCACAUCACAAGGAUCUACGGGAUCUGAAGAGACCGAUGGGGCAGUGUCGAGUGAGGAGGAAAAGGCAGAGGGUAGCAGCUCUAAAGAGUCAACCCCUCCUUCAGAACCGGUCAAGGUCGCCAAGGAAAAGCCGAGAACAUUUUUUGGGUUCGAUGAAGACGAUGAGUUUAUGAGCUCAGAUGAUGAGGAUGAUGUUAAGGCAAAGUAA